CACAAGUCAACGAAUGCAAUCAAUUUCUUACUUCCCCAAAAUCAUUUCAUCCUCCCGAACUCAACAAUUCACCGGAAACGAAGACGAUCGCGGGAAAAUUGAAAUGUCCGAACAGCAGGAUUCACCGUCGCAUAUCUUCAUCUUAUCGGGCCAGAGCAACAUGGCCGGCCGCGGCGGCGUAAUCGCCAACCACCACAUAAAGCUCUGGGACGGAAUCGUGCCGCAGGAGUGCGAAUCUCACCCUGCGAUCCUCCGCCUCUCCGCCGAUCUCCGCUGGGAGGAGGCGGCGGAGCCUCUCCACGCCGACAUCGACGCGGGGAAAGCGUGCGGGGUGGGGCCCGGCAUGCCGUUCGCGAACUCCGUGAGGGAUCGGUUAUGCGGCGGCGGUGGCGGUGGCGGUGCGAUCGGAUUGGUCCCGUGCGCCGUGGGAGGGACGGCGAUCGGAGAGUGGGCGCGUGGGGAACCGCUGUACGAGAACAUGGUGAGGCGAGCGAAAGAGAGCGUGAGAUCCGGAGGAGGAGGAGGAACGGCGGAGAUCAUCAAGUGCUUGCUGUGGUACCAAGGAGAGAGCGACACGUCGACGGAGCGUGACGCGGGCGCGUAUUGGGGUAACAUGGAGAAGCUGAUUCACAACGUUCGUGAGGAUUUGUGUUUACCGGAUCUCCCUGUCAUUCAGGUGGCGUUGGCUUCGGGAGGACCUAAGUACCUGGAGAAAGUGAGGGAAACACAGCUCUGCAUGAAGAUGGCGAACUUGAUUUGCGUGGAUGCUAAGGGAUUGAAGCUGGAGGUAGACAACAUUCACCUGUGCACUGAAGCUCAGAUCAAGCUGGGCCAAAUGUUGGCUGAUGCUUACCUCAGUAAUUUUGUAUCUCCUAAUUCGUCAUCUUCUUAAAUCUUAUCAGAGAGUGCGUUUUUGGAAUUGUACACUAUUCGCAUUGUUGAUGUUGAUCCAGAAGAACAGAGGAGUUGGUGGCAGCAGCUUCUAUGGUUUGGUCUCUUCAGUUUUUUUCC